UGCAGAGGAUCCACAGUACAACUCGCUGAAAAUUUUGGUUUCUUUUUUAUGAAUCUUUUGUCAUGGAGAAGAAGUGCUGAUUGUGUUUUUCUCAGGGCUCUUCACACUAUCCUCCUGUCAGUAUCACUAUGUAACGGACCCUAAAAACUGGACUGAAGCACAGAGGUACUGCAGAGAGAAGUACACGGACCUGGCCACCGUAAGCAACAUGGAGGAUAUYAACAGACUGAACCACUUGACUAUAGACAGCGAUUAUGAUGGAGCAGUGUGGAUAGGACUGAAGAAGGGACAGAAUUCCAGGUGGCAGUGGUCUCUGGCAGACAUAGACUACUAUAGUAAGGGACAGACUCAGUUUAGUGAAUUUUGGGACCAAAACSAGCCAGGAAAUMUGAAUGAAGAUUGUGGUGUCAUGGAGAAUUCUGGAAAAUGGCACGACUAUUUUUGCACUYCUCAACACUUUCCAGUGUGCUACGACGGGACUAAGUCUCCAGCUGGUCGUUUCCUAAUGGUUCAACAGCUAAUGACCUGGAGGGAGGCUCAGCUCUACUGCAGAAAGAACCACACAGACCUGGCUAGCGUGAGGAACCAGACUGAGAACAAAGAGAUCUGUAACGUGGCCGGGAGUAGCAACGUUUGGAUCGGCCUGUUCAAAGACACCUGGGAAUGGUCGGACCAGAGUAACUCCUCAUUCAGAUACUGGGUCGACAGAGAACUGAACAAGUCCUGCGCUGCUUGGAAUCGCAGUACCUCAGGCKAAUGGAUAGACAUAGAAUGUCUGAAGGAAUGUCCCUUUGUUUGCUACGGUAACCCAAGACCCCCAACAGUCAAGAAGAUACAGGUAGUGAGAGUGAGGAUGACCCCAGACCCAAACAUGGACCUGAAUGAUGCUACGGUGAGGGAGGCCAUUUUACAGCAGAUAACGGAGAAAAUGAAGGCCAAUGGGAUGGUUGAAAACUUCAAACUGAGAUGGAAAGAGCAGCCAGAUGGAAAUGUCUUCCACAAGGAAGAGAAGAAAGCAUGACAGAAAGAGAGAAAAAAGGGGGCCGAAAAAGAAGGAAGAGCUUUGAAUAGAAGCACAUGGAGUUAGUGUGUGGAUCGGUUGCCCCGUGCCAGCUAUAAUUAAUGAUUCCCUUCUCAUCUCACAUUGUACUCAUUUAUCAUGAACCAUUAUUAAAUAUCAUAAUUAAGUGAUAAUGCCCGAGAAGCCGGUGUUUGGAGGAUAUAUUGGCAUGGGUGUUGUUAGGCCUGAGACGAAGUCAAGAGCCGGCAAACUGUGCCAUUAAAUCCUCAAAACACUGGCUUCGAGGGCAUUAUCACUUUUAUACAACGGGUUACCAACAAAUUCAAAUAAC